UCAGUUUGCUCCGUGCAGAAGUAUGUUUGUUUGCUGACGCUUAGAGUUGAUAUUUCAAAUCAAAAUAUUUGAUAUUUAGAUUUGUGAACUAUCUAACUCCAACCCGUGACCUCUGAACCCGUACGAUGGGUAAUGUGGAGAUACCGGCUGGUCUGAAAGAGCUGCUGCAGGGAUACACGGUGGAGGUGCUUCGCCGCGGGCCGCCAGACUUGGUUGAAUUUGCGGUUCAGCACUUUACACGACUUCUGGAGGGCCAAAGAAACGACCAGAGAGCCAAGAAACGCAGCGCCAAACAUGCACGGAAAGGAGUGACCUUUGAGACAAAGUCAAAUAAGUCCAAGAAGGACGACGAAGAGGAGGAGGAGGAAGACACUGUUAAGUCCACCGCCUGUAAAUACAACCGCAGAGUUUCAGUUUGUGCAGAGGCGUACAACCCCGAUGACGACGAGGACGAUGACGCAGAGCCUCGGCUCGUUUAUCCCAAAACGGACGAGCAGCGUCGUCGACUUCAGGAUGCGUGCAGAGACAUUUUACUGUUUAAAACACUGGAGCAGGAGCAGUUCUCUGAGGUGUUGGACGCCAUGUUCGAGGUGCUGGUCCAACCUCAGGAGCACAUCAUAGACCAAGGAGAGGACGGAGACAAUUUCUAUGUCAUACAGAAGGGUGUGUAUGAUAUUUUUGUGCAGAAGGACGGAGUGAGCGUGUGCGUUGGAAAGUAUGACAAUAAGGGCAGUUUUGGUGAGCUGGCUCUCAUGUACAACACGCCGCGAGCUGCCACAAUCGUCGCUACAGAGGAAGGUGCCCUGUGGGGCCUGGAUCGAGCCACAUUUCACAGACUGAUUGUUAGAAAUAAUGCGAAGAAGAGGAGGAUGUAUGAGGCCUUCAUCGAGUGUGUUCCCCUUCUGAAGUGUCUUGAGCUGUCUGAGAGGAUGAAGAUUGUGGAUGUUUUGGGAGCACGAGGGUUCAAAGAUGGAGAGCGCUUAAUAACGCAGGGGGAGGAGGCCGACUGUUUCUACAUCGUGGAAUCCGGAGAGGUGAAGAUAACGAUAAACAGCAAAACGAAGGCAGGCCAGCAGGAUAACACAGAGGUGGAGGUGGCACGCUGCUCUAGAGGCCAGUAUUUCGGGGAGCUGGCUCUGGUCACCAACAAACCUCGUGCAGCAUCAGUUUACGCUGUGGGAGAAACCAAAUGUUUAGUAAUUGACAUCCAGGCGUUUGAGCGUUUGCUGGGACCUUGUAUGGACAUCAUGAAGAGGAACAUUUCCCAGUACGAAGACCAGCGGGUGGCACUUUUUGGCUCCAGUGUAGCUGUGAAACACUAGGACAUGUCAUUUUAAGUACAUAGUGAACUCCCCCUUGAGAUCUUUUUCAUUUUCAAACUUGUAGUCUUAAGACUAAAACUGAUGCUGACUCGAGUGACAUCACUUGAGGCAAUAUAUCAGAUUUCACGCAGCUCCCUCUGGAGCCACAAAAGUAAACUUUUUCCACACAUGUAGUAGUACUCAUCAAGAUCUGUAUACAGACUGAUGGGUAAAAUCGGUGGUGUUCCUGACCCAUCAAGAUCAAAUACAUUUGAACUAAACUAAAUAAAUGCAUUUGUUUUCAUAUAUGAACAAAUGCAACUGAGGUACAAUUUAAUUUCGAUUCCAAAUUAUAUGUAAAAUGUUUUAUAAUUGUCAAUUCACCUACACAUAAUUCAUGUUAUUGUGCUGGUCAAUCACCGUAUGAUUAUUUAAUAAUAAAGUGCUAUACCAUUUUACAUUUAAACUCAGCAAACUGUUAACAGCCCUUCUGUUUACUUAAACCUUUGUUGUAUGGUAUGAAAUCUAACCGUGGUUUUAAUAACAUGUCUUGAGUAUUAAGUGAAGGAAAUCAUGCAUCAAAGUUUAGCUCAUUAAAAAUGAAGACUCUUGACAAAUAACACACAUGACAUAAAAAAAUAAAGGAUUAUAUCUUAAAUA